AUGAGUGAGCUGCCUUUGCAAUUCAUCGAUUGGUGGCUUAGCAAAUCCGCAGCAGGCCGUCAGUCUUUCCUGGACGAUCCUAGUACGUCGAAAAAGGUUCGCGCGAACAUCCGUGCGCUCGAGCAAUAUUGUGUAGCGCAUAAUUAUCAAAUUUACUUUCAAAGCACGGUUCGUCCACGGCCCUUUCCGCGUCAUAUCUUCCGCCCGAACCCAACGGAUAUUCUUGCAGGGAAUGAGGAAGAGAAGGGCACCCCUCUCGCCGGGAUCCCGUCUUUUCUACCCGAGCGGGCUCUUAUCCGGAUGCCGGCGAUCCACGCGAAUAGGGAACGACCUCUCGCCACGAUGGCGGCCGAUCCCGACGGCAUUCAGCUCUACAUCGAGGCCGUUCAAACCCGCCUCGCGGAUUACCUCCGCGAGCAAAAGACACUUCCCUCGUCGCCGUUGUACGACGUGGAGGUGAAAAUCGCGGGGCUUGCCUUUUUGAUGGUGGAGGUCGUCCUCGAAUCGAUCACGGCCGCCCUGCAGCGCGAGCAAAUCCCCCAGAGGCUCGAGGAGGCCGAGGAAACGCGGCGACGACGCACGGCGCGAUCGCGUCGUCGGGUGUUGCCGUUGAAAUCCCCUGACGAGGGGGUGCCGCGUCGCGUGAACGGCAUCGCGAGGCCGAUCGCGGAGGAUUUGCGCACCGCGGGAAGUCUCCUCGGCGUGCACGCGCUGCUAUCGAACUUUUUUGCCCACGUGGAGGAAAUGGAAGCGGGGAAACCGGAAGAAACGGCGGGGGAGGUGGGGGGGAAGAGGCCUUUCCCUUUCGCAUGGAGGGGGGAGGGGGAGGGAAGGAUCGGCUACGGUGCGUGGGGGGCGGUGCGCGCGGCGUUUUGGGAGCGCCAUCGCGCCCUCCACCCGCGAGCGAAUCGCGGAAAUCACGCGUGGGAGGUUUUCCCGACCCCCAACGCGCCUGACGUCUCUCGCGGGGACCCACGCGAGAAGGAUUUCAUGCCUCCUGACGAUGUCGAAUCGCCCCAUUCCCUGUUUGAAAACGUUUGUAUUCAGGAAAGGGAUGUCCGAUUUGCCAUUGCCAAAGUAAUUUGCCAUGAUCGUAUGCGUAAGUUUCUUGAAAUUUAA